AUGAAUACAGAUCAACAAGACGUUUAUAGCAGUCACCCUGCUUUUUCCAUCCUAGCAUCUGCAUUACUCCCUUCUCCACAUGAACCCUCGCAGCGCGAGGCAUUGAGCCAUACAUCAACAUGGAACCUCCAGGCCGACGUCAAUGACUUCUCGAAAGUAUCACGAUACAGAAAUGAUAGACAGAAAUUUUUUCGAUGUGGGAUCACGAUUGGACUGUCAUAUUUGAGGGAAUGGGGAGAUAUGAGUCUACAAAGUAGAGGUUUGCUUGGUGAUUUCUCAAGAAGGCUUUUGAUCUCGUUUAUGGCUGGUCUACUAUCACAGAAUGAAGAUCCAGAGCAACAACAGCAAGAUGAGAAGAAGAUACAGACAACAAGAGCGUUCAUUAUUCACCCUGUACAUUCAACCAUGUUUGCGCCAGAAACAUUAUUCAAAGAUCUUUUGGGAUGCCAGCAUAAUCUCGACGACAACAAACCCAAUGAGACGAUGUCAGAAUUGCAAGCGUUGAAUCUCCUAGAUCGAGUCGAACUUUUACCUGUUCAUGACUUUUCGUCUGCUACACAGGCUAUAGGUCAGGUCUCUGAUGCAAUAUCCAGUAUUCGCGAAGAGCAUCGUUGCGCAUCAACUGGAAAAGAAGACGAGGAUCAUAGUGAAGAAUAUGGUCAACCCCCAACAAUACUCCUCAUAAUCGAAGGACUCGACACAAUGGCCGAAGAUGUCAUACACAACUCUAAUGCUAUGCGUGGAAGUGCCAUUUUAACGCCAGUCUUGAGGACGUUGACUCAUUUGUCGCGGACGCAUACUUCUUUCCUAUCUAUUCUAUUGGUCAAUACGACCGCGCUAGGAUCUUUUCAACAGCAUACACAAUCGCAGCAAAUCUCUGCAACUCAAACUUCACCUGGCGAUGCAGGUGGCCGAACGAUGACGAUGGCGACAGCAGGUGGUUUAUAUUCUGCUUUUGCGCGGGAUUAUACGCAAGGAAAACCACAUCACGAAGGAUACACACAACCGCUCCUGAAUACUCUUCUAUCAAGGACGCUAGAUCAAGGCGUUGAUACUCAUCUACUGCUGCAGGUGAGGAGGAGGGGGCAGACUCUUGUUGAGGUUAUUAAGGAUCGUACGGGGGAUGGGUUAGGGAAGUGGUGUGCAUGGAGAUAUUAA